UGGGCCGGGAGGGAUGAAACAAGUGGAAGGAGAUGUAGCCGACAGGCACACUUUAAUCGCUCCACCACACUACACCUCGUCGGCUCCGCUCCUCUCUCUGUAGCAUCCUCCCCUCUUUUUUUAUUUUUUUUUUUAUUUUUUAUUUUAUUUUUUGCAUAAACAACCGACGAGCGAUCAUUUGCGGCGCUGCGUCGGAGCUUCAUGGCCGCAACACUCACGAUGAGCGGCGGCGUGCAGGAGGACCCCUUCUACCCGCUGCAGAAGGCGACUCUGGCCGCCGGAUUCCCCCUGGAGGACUCGGCGCUGUUCGGCUUGGACUGCAAGAUCCCCGACGCGGACAAGAGCGGACAAAGUGACUACACGCAGGCCAAGUGUGAGAUGGACCGGUACCUCUCGCCUCAGCCUCUCCACCUUCCGCCUCCUGCAGACAGCCAGCAGAAGUCGCACAGAGACAGCACGUCUGCCGUGGAUCACUUCUUCACCGAUGAUCUCACCGGGGCUCCCUACACCCUCAACAUGAAUCUUUACCUCCCCGACGUCGCCUACCUGAGGAUGGGCUUCUCCCAGCAAGCGCGGCCCCCUCAGCACCAGAACCACGCAGGUCUCCCCCACAUCAAAACAGAAUCCGCCUCCUCGUGUUUCUCCCCCAACCUAGAGCCUCACUGCCCCAACUCUACGCCCACGAGUAGCUGCAGCACAUCUGGGCACGGCCCUGGCAGCAUCGCCAUGGAAACCUCAGCCAUAAACAUGUCGUUAACAGGGUUACCGGACUUCACCAGUGUUUUCAACCAGUCGGGAGGCGGCCGCGGCGGCGACUCGGUGCCAGAAGUGUUUGUCAAACAGGAAAUGUCGCCGCAGUUCGAGCAGCACGCCCUCCACCACCACGACAACGGCGGCUCGCUGUUUCAGCUCCUAAACUCCGGCUUGGAUCAUCACCACGGCAAUGGCAUGGAGGCCCAGCAUCAGCAUCACCACCAUCAACAGCAGCAGAUACAACACACUUCCACGACCGCAAUCCACUCGCCUUUCCACGAUUUGCCAGUAGCGUCUUCGGCAUCUCAACAAGAGCAAACUGCCAAGUCUGCCUACCGCGGCCUGGCCGGUGGGGUCUACACGCAUCCUCACUCUCAGGCGCGCCCUCACUUCCUCCAGCAGCAGGCGCCAUACCUGCCGCCCUCUCCGCCGAGCUCGGAGCCCGGCAGCCCCGACAGGCAGAAGGAGCUGCUCCACACCAUGUCCCCUCCUCCCUCAUAUGCAGCCACUAUUGCCUCCAAGCUGGCAGGUAGCACCCCUGGACUCGGACCCGGCCCGGGACCAGGCAGCUUAGCGUUGCCCCACACUGCAGGUCCCACGUCGGUCCCAGGCCAACCGGCAGUCCUUCCCCAAGCACCCGCAACAACCCCGACCCCAGCACAGAACGCCGUGCCUGUCCGCUACAACCGGAGGAACAACCCGGACUUAGAGAAACGACGGAUCCACCACUGUGAUUACCCAGGCUGCAAGAAGGUCUACACCAAGUCGUCCCAUCUGAAAGCCCACCUCAGGACUCACACGGGUGAGAAGCCGUACAGGUGUACGUGGGACAGCUGCGACUGGCGCUUCGCUCGUUCGGACGAGCUGACCCGCCACUACCGGAAACACACGGGCGCCAAACCCUUCCAGUGCGCCGUCUGCUCGCGCUCCUUCUCCCGGUCCGACCACCUCGCCCUGCACAUGAAGAGACACCAGAACUAGCGCCAUUUGCACACAUCGCCGCAGACGUAUACAAGCACUAUCUUGUCACACAUAAAGCACUCACUCCGUCUCCCGCAAGUACAACGUUUAGAAGCUGCCCGUCGCUGAGCGGCUCCUCCUGGUGCCGAACGGUAGCCGAACAAACGUGUCGCUCUUAACCCACAUGGGGGGACAAUAUGGAGGUUGUAAAGUAGGAAUAUAGUGACCAGAAAAAGUUCCUGGUACCUCCAGGUUAAGAUUUCUUUGAACAAGAAGAACAAAAAAGAACAAAAAAAAUAAAUGGUAGCUUCAAAAUGUGUUUCCAGUCCAUUUGGACUCUUGUGUGACUGGAAUAAAAACAACAUCUUUUGUCUUUAUUCUAACAUAUGUAGAACUGACUUCAUUUUUUUUUUAUACAGGAGAAGCUUUUGUUUGCAAAACUAGUCAAGCCAAAUCUUUGUUUACUCAUUGGUUUGUUUGUUUUGUUUAUAUAACUGGAAAAUCCAGAUUUUUUUUUACCAAAUCCUUAGGUUUGCACUAAAAUUGGGAAUCUAAAUCUCAGCCUUUUUACGGGCCCACGUAUCUCAUUCACCACUGGAGCGAUCAUUAUCACUACUGGACUGGAUCUCGCCACACAAAUCACUGCUGUUCAGAUAUUAAAAAUUGAAGGCAUUUAUACUCUGGAGAGACAAAGGGAAGAUAGAGCAGGGAGGGGAAAAAAAAAAAAAAACAACGAGAGAGGGGUGGAGAUGGAGAGAGAGAGAAAGAUUUUUGAUUUUAGAGAGAGGAGGUCUGAGGAGAAACAAAGGGAGGUGGAUGGAUGCUAAAGAGCAGCAAUUAGGCGAUGAAUUAUUCAGGUUGUCCUUUGAUGGCUUUCCAACCACAGAAAUGUAAGCAGAACCCAUAGAUAUCCUAGAAUUCAUUCAUGUUAAAAAAAAAAACAGACCGUAUUUGAUGCACACAUGUGAACUUUUCAGAAUACUGCUACGGUACAUCUCGAUUUUUUAUUUUUUUUUUCUUUGAACCAAAGCAUCGCCGCCGCCGUCGUCGUCGUCAACACCUUAUUAAGUGCCUCCUUCUCUGGUUCAUGUGUUUUCGUUGUGUGGUAGCAGAGCUGUGAUCAGCGUAGACGGUUAAACACACACAUGGUGCUGUUUUUAUUUCUUAAUCUACUGAAAUCUCUAGACUCACGUUGAGAAAAAAGAAGAAAAAAAAAUAUCACGGUAACAGCUCGGCUCCGGCCACUUCACGGACAUCGUGUAGAAUUUUUUUUUUUUCUUAUUAACUAAAGUGACAGUCCAUUCUCUGAGGGGUUUCCAACUCUCUGACUCUGUACACAGUUUACUCGGCUCAAUCAAACAUGGACGUGUGUUUUUUUUUUUGUUAAAGGACAGGUUCACUUCACUUUUGGAAGAUAUCCAUGUGGUUUUAUUAUCACAGCAACCUUGGUUGAAGUUUAGAAGUUGUUGUUUUUUUUCCCACAGAACAUGGAUUUUUUGUCCCUCAUCACUUGAAUUUAAAAUCACUCUAUAGGCACACAAACUCUUUUAAUGUACAUAUGGACGUGAGUGUUUCGGAAACAGCGUGAACCUUUCCUUUAAUACCCCGAACGUCCAUUUGAUGGUGUAAUUCAGCCUUCACCUAUAACUGUAUUUGUUCAUUCACUGCAGGUAGCAUAAAGAUAAUAUAGCACUGUAAUGUAUCAUGGUAAAUCUGACUAUUUAUUUAAUUGUGUAGAAGUGGGGGUUGUAUCAGAUCAACCGUCUUUCUCCCCAGCAAAAAAAAUGCCUUAAUGUAAAUAUAUGCACUGUAAAUACAUAUUUUUUUUGUUUAUUUUCCUCUUUUGUUAUUAUUUUGUAAACGACAGGGCAAAGAAAGAAAAAAGAAAAAAAGAGGAAAAUGCCCCGCAUCCCAAAAAUAUUUGAGCCUUUAUUUUUUUUUUCUUUGGUUUUGUUUUCUUGUCAAAUCUAUUUUGAUGCCAUUGUUUUAUAUAUUGUCCUUCCAACAACUUAUUUUGUAGAUCCUUUUUGUUUUUGUUGUUUUUUUUUUUUCUUCCAUGGUAAACGUUCCAAAGACAAAAGUUGUUUUUCUUCAACUGAGUGAAGCCGAUGCUAAUAAAGUCAACUGACACUUUUACAGA